ACAUCGUCCGAUUUGUCGGGGCGUGCAUUGAGCCGCCCCACCAGUGCAUCAUCACCGAGUACUGCCCCAAGGGAAGUCUGCAGGACGUGCUGGAGAACGACGAGAUCAAGCUCGACUGGAUGUUCAGAUACUCAAUCAUGCAGGACAUUGUCCGGGGCAUGGCGUACCUUCACAGCAGUGAGAUCAAAUCCCACGGGAACCUCAAGUCAACCAACUGUGUGGUGGACAGCAGGUUUGUGGUCAAGAUCACAGACUUCGGUCUGCACCAUCUGAGGAAGACAGACGAUGAACAGGAAGACGAGAGCUUCGCUGCCUUUCAGCGUAUGCUAUGGACGGCGCCAGAACUCCUCAGAAUGCAGCAGAGACCAAGGGAGGGCACCCAGAAAGGGGAUGUGUACAGUUUUGCCAUUAUCUGCCAGGAGAUUGUGUACAGAAACGGAGUAUUUUUCGUACAGAACAUUGACCUAAGUCCAAAAGAAACGGUUGACAAGGUAAAGAAUGGCAUCAAGCCGUACUUCAGACCAACUUUAGAAACUUUCGACUGCCCAACGGAUGAACUGGCAGGUGUGGUUAAAAAAUGUUGGGCGGAAGACCCGGUGGAUAGGCCAGAUUUUCAGAUGCUCAAAGGCCAAAUUAGAAAAUUAAACAGGGACGGGGAUAAGGGUAACAUCCUGGACAACCUCCUCUCUAGGAUGGAGCAGUACGCCAACAACCUGGAGGCCCUGGUGGCCGAGAGGACGUCGGACUACCUGGAGGAGAAGCGGAAAGCGGAGGAUCUUCUGUACAGCAUGUUGCCCAGACAAGUGGCAAGUCAGCUGAUCAAGGGCGAGACGGUAAUGGCUGAGACCUACGAACAAGUGACUAUUUAUUUCUCUGAUAUUUGCGGCUUCACGGCUCUAUCGGCUGACAGCACGGCUAUGCAGGUGGUCGACCUGUUAAACGAUCUGUACACGGCAUUCGACACCGUGGUCUCAAGAUUUGACGUCUAUAAGGUUGAAACGAUAGGUGACGCCUACAUGGUGGUGUCCGGUCUACCCAACAGAAACGGGAAUCUCCACGCUAGAGAAAUAGCUCGGAUGUCUCUGGCACUCUUGAAGGAAACGUACGGCAUUAAAGUCCGGCACAGGCCUGACUAUCAGCUCAAACUUAGGAUUGGAAUUCAUUCAGGCUCCGUGUGUGCUGGUGUUGUUGGGCUAAAGAUGCCCAGGUAUUGUUUGUUUGGGGACACGGUCAACACGUCAUCACGGAUGGAGUCAAACGGGGAAGCUCUGAAGAUUCACGUCAGUCCUGAUACAAAAGCCAUCCUCGACACUUUUGGAACUUUUAUUCUAGAACUCAGAGGGGAUGUAGAAAUGAAGGUAUAG